UGAUUAAAAUACAACAUGAGUAUUUUAUUUAUACAAUAAAUAAAAUUAACAAAGUAAAAAAGAUUGAGAGCGGGCAAAAGCGAACUAAAAUUUACUACAUGCUGACUCCUAAAACACCUUGGAGAAAAGGUACAUUUUUAAAAGAAAUGUAAAUAUUUCAAGUCUUGGGGCCAGCCUAAUAUGGGGCAGCUUAUUCCAUAAAUUGGGGGCCACAAAAGCUAAAGCUCGGUCCCCCCCAGUGUUUCAGUCUGGAAAUGGGGACAGCAAGGAGUGACUGGUCAGUUGACCUGAGAGACCUUUGUGGAGUGUACAGGUGUGGAAGGUCUGACAGGUAAAUAGGAGCCAGGCCAUUUAAGACUUUAAAAGCAAACAAUAACUUUUUUGCUUUUCUACAUUUAAUUAAACAAAUGUAGGUGAAGAACUUUUAUGCUGAUUUUUAGAGAAAUUCCAGAAAUAACUUUAAAACAACUUUUUGAAGCUCAGAUGUAGAAAAUGUUAUUUAGUAGGAUUGUAGUUUUCUGUUUGAUCGGCAGGACUGACAGCCAUUAUAAUAUAACUAAGACCUCUUAUAACCAUGCUGGAAACAGACUGGCUUAAAUGACUAGUUAUUCUUCAUUGCAAUUUAUUUCCAUUUAAAUAUACAUACUGGUCUUCUAAAAAGAUUUUAAAUCUGCUGCACUUCCUGCUAAAUCGAACAGGAGCCUUUAUUUUGGAAAUUUACAGGAAGUUCAGUGUCAUGAUGUUCCAAGUAACUUGACACGGUCGUGAUUAGAGACAGAAACGGUGUCGUCUGCUGAAGUUUAGCUCCAUCAAAGUUGUCCUUGAGUCAGAGCUGUUGAAGUUUAUCAGCUGGCCCCUAACAGUCAGAUGAAUGUUCGGUAGAAGCCGCUAAAAUCGCACAAGUUCCGGUUUCAUGUGAUUAACGAUGCUCCGUGUCUCUGUCAGCUGUUUUACUGAGCCAUGAGCUCCAUGAAGAGAGUCCAGUGAUUCCACAGAUGGAUCCUUCCAGCGUGAUCUCCAGGAUCCAGACCUGCACACACUCAGACUGCGGGGAUUUAUCUGCCUUGUAGGAGGAUCGCAUCGCUCACCCCGACUGCAGCACUUCAGGAUGGAAACACUGGUUUGGUCAAAGCACAAACUCUCACCCACAGAGCAGAGGAAGGAGGAAACAUCACAGUUGCAUGCAACUUUUAUUUGUCUGGAAGCAGGAAACUGUUCUGUAAGGAAAAAUGUGAAAAUGGAAACAUUCUUGUUGAAACAUCUGAUGAUGCAGCUCAGAACGGCAGAUACAGCAUUAAAUAUGUAAAAAAAGGAUUGACCUCAUAUGAUAUUAUGUAUGUGAGCAUCACACAGCUGAAACAGUCUGACUCAGGAUGGUACAGGUGCUCUUUGGACAGAACUUUGAGUCCUGAUCCAAACCAUGAUUUUGAGCUGAUUGUCACAGAAGCUUCAACCACUUCAACACCAAACGGGACUCUGAGACCUUUUUCAGCUUCAGUGUUUCUCUCAUCAGCCUCCACACCACCAACAACACAGAGUUUAAGCUCAACUUCAGGAAGCUCCACACCUUCAUCAGCCUCCACUGGAAGUUCAGAUGUUCUGAUUUAUGUGGGUCUGAUUCUGGUCGUUAUGAUCGUCGUCUUAUCAGCAGCUCUGCUGAUUUUCUACAUGAAGAGCAGGACCACUAAACCCAGAGGACCUCCUGUGGAAACAGACACAGAGGUCAACAGGUUGUAUGAAGAGAUCAGAGAGUGUGACAUACCGAGCAGGUCACCUCCUGUAGAAGUGUCUUCAGUGUAUGAUUACCCCAAAGGUCCCCGUUCAGGUGGAGAUGAAAGCGGAGGCAUCUACAGCCUCGUCACCUCUGCUCAGAACAACGUUGAAGACAGCUCACAUAGUCUCUGUUACUCUGAGGUGGAUUUUUCCCACAGUCCUGACACGAACGACGCCCCCUGUGGUAACACAGCUGAUGUUGUCUACUCCACGUCUUCAGAGGACCUCAGCACCACCAACCACACCAAAGAUGCUUCACCUCCUCUGUACUCUACUGUUACAUCAGUAUGAACUACAUCCGUACUUAAGCUAUGGAUGAAGUCUUAACUCUCUAAUUGGACAACAGCUCAACACAAAUGAUACAAAAGUUUAUUUAUUUUUCUGCUUUUGACAUAUUUUUAAGUUAAACAUGGAGUCAGCCUCAGGAUAAAGUGACUUUUAUUUUUGCUUAACAUUGAACUAAAGAAUGUUGCUAUACCACAGUUAUAAUAGCAGAUGUUAGCAUUACGGUGUGAUGCUACAGCACAGAUUCAAUAAAAAGAGAACUGUGCAUUUUGGAAAGACUUCCAGCCUCCUGUACUCGUCUCUAGAAUAGUCCAUCAUUGCAUUCAGCAGUUGAGAUUGCAGAAAGUUAUUGUACAGACUGCUGUGUGAGGAUGAAUGUGCAGGUUGAUUAGGUCAGCCUGGAAGUUUCACCUCUUUCAGAUGACGUUUAGCUGAGAAAAGCCGCAGCAUAUCAGUCACAUGCAGAUAAAUAAACUACUUCAAGUGGUGUUAUUAUGACGGAUUGUUUCAGUCUUCACAAGUCAGUCAUAGCAGACCCAAAUUUAUAGCAGGAAUAGAUUUUCGGCCUUCUGUACAGAAGACAAAAAAUGGUUUAUUAUAGCAAAUUUUUAAUGCAUGACAGAACAGUUUUAUAUUGCUCCCUCAUUUCCAUUCCGAAGCUUAAAAAUCACACAAAGUGGAAAAAACAACUGGAUAUACUGCAGGCGGUCCUCUACCAGAGGCCUCGGAGCUUGAGGGUCCUACGCAGAUCCGUCUUUGCUGUUCCAGGACUGCGCUCUUCUGGACAGAGAUCUCGGAUGUUGUUCCUGGGAUCUGGUGGAGCCACUCCUAGCUUGGGAGUCACUGCACCGAGCGCUCUGAUUACCACUGGAACCACUGUUACCUUCACCCUCCACAUCUUCUCGAGCUCUUCUCUGAGCCCUUGUAGCUGUCCUCGAAGUUUGCAGUGUUGCCCUCAGGUAGUGCAUCAGUGAAUCGAUGUUUCAUUCACUCAUACAGCUUGAUGUUAUCCAUGUAGAGGAUGGGCUGACGAUUGCUCCGUUCUGUAGUCGGUAUCCGUAGCCAGUCUUGUCAAUGAUCUCACUGAGGGGGUUCAGGCCUAUGCAGAACAGCAGUGGGGACAGAGCAUCUCCUUGGUAGAUCCCACACUUGAUGGCGACAUGCUAUUGGCUUGAAGGUGGCCUCCAGUGUUGUACGCCACAUCCCCAUUGAGUUCCUGUUGAAGGCUCUUAGGGUCCUGUUGAUCUUGUAUAGUUCUAGGUAUUCCAGUAUCCAGCUGUGGGGCAUCCAGUCAUAGGCCUUCUUGUAAUCAAUCCAGGCAGUGCACAGGUUGGUGAGCCUGGUCUUGCAGUCUUGGGCGACUGUUCUGUCUACCAGUAGCUGGUGUUUCACUCCUCUCGUAUUCUUGCCAAGUCAUUUCUGUGCCCUGCUCAUGUUAGCCGCUAUGAUGCCUGACAGGAGCUUAAAUGUGUAGUUAGAGAUAUAUAUUGAAAAAUUUAGCUGCCGUUGAAUCACAAUGUAUAUAGUUACUGUGGCACAUGUUUUUCCUUUACAGACUUGUUUAAAUAAUUAACUGUAACAAAUUAACAUUAACUUUACACCCAAACAACAACAACAACAACAAAAAUGAAGAGAUGCAGUAAUUUACAUAUUUUAAUGAAAAUAAACAUGAACAUUGGCAUUUUAACAGUGUAUGGUCUUUAUCCUUUACAAAAUAUCUUAUAAAUAUUACAAUACACACAUUUCCUUCACUUGUGCAGUGGAAGUAUUUGAGCUCAGCUUCCUCAGAAUAUUUACCUCAGUUGCAAAUUAAUUCAAUGCAA